AAAAGAAGAUGCUUUCGAAGCCUCGAGUCCAAAGCACUGAAAAAAGGAAAAGGAGCAGCGAAGCCUCGAGUGGAGGCCCAAUCUGUGCACGGCGGACAAAGACAAUAGAGAGUUGCUCAGAGCAGCAAAAACCGGCAACUGAUUAUAGCCAACAAAAGUGUUAUGCUCACCGCCCGACUCAGACUCCGCUGUUCCGCCAUGGCUGGUGUUGCUUCUUUUAUCUCAUCUGCAUCGGCUUCAACAUCAUCCGCAGUUACCAAAAACCUUUCUUUUUCAACCAUUUCCAAUCGGCAGCUAUUCAAUAGCCGUGUUUAUCUCCCCCACCGAAUCCCCAAUGCUUCAAUUCGAUGCUUCGCUUCCGCUACAGCUUUGUCUAAAAUCCGCGUUGAAAAUCCCAUUGUCGAAAUGGACGGUGAUGAAAUGACGAGGGUUAUAUGGACAAUGAUCAAAGACAAGCUAAUAUAUCCUUAUCUAGAGUUGGAUACGAAGUAUUACGAUUUGGGGAUAUUGAACCGUGAUGCCACUGGCGAUCAAGUUACUGUUGAAAGUGCUGAGGCUACUCUUAAGUAUAAUGUUGCUGUGAAAUGCGCUACUAUAACACCUGAUGAGACCAGAGUCAAGGAAUUUGGGCUGAAGUCUAUGUGGAGAAGUCCCAAUGGCACAAUCAGAAACAUUUUAAAUGGUACUGUUUUCCGGGAGCCCAUACUAUGCAAGAACGUCCCCAGAAUUGUUCCUGGUUGGAAGAAACCCAUUUGUAUUGGUAGGCAUGCUUUUGGUGACCAGUAUCGUGCCACAGAUGCAAUUAUUAAUGGACCCGGAAAGCUCAAAAUGGUUUUUGAGCCAGAAAAUGGGGAAGCCCCUACGGAACUGGAUGUUUAUCAUUUUAAAGGUCCGGGUGUUGCACUUGCCAUGUACAAUGUUGACCAGUCAAUUCGAGCGUUUGCUGAAUCAUCAAUGUCAAUGGCACUUUCGAAGAAAUGGCCUCUUUACUUGAGUACAAAAAAUACAAUUUUAAAGAAAUACGAUGGAAGGUUUAAGGACAUUUUUGAAGAGGUAUAUGAAGAGAAGUGGAAGCAACAGUUUGAGGAACACUCGAUAUGGUAUGAGCAUAGAUUGAUAGAUGACAUGGUAGCUUAUGCAUUAAAAAGUGAGGGUGGAUAUGUUUGGGCUUGCAAGAACUAUGAUGGGGAUGUCCAGAGUGAUCUGCUCGCUCAAGGAUUUGGUUCUCUGGGCCUCAUGACCUCUGUAUUGUUAUCUUCUGAUGGCAAGACAUUAGAAGCUGAAGCAGCUCAUGGCACAGUAACCAGACAUUUUCGGCUGCAUCAAAAGGGUCAAGAAACUAGUACAAAUAGUGUUGCUUCUAUUUUUGCAUGGACAAGGGGACUUGGACAUAGGGCUCACCUUGAUGGGAACCAUAAGUUGUCUGAAUUUGUUCACGCCCUGGAAGCUGCUUGCGUUGGCACAAUAGAGUCCGGGAAGAUGACUAAGGAUUUAGCUAUAUUGGUUCAUGGACCCAAGGUAUCAAGGGAACACUACUUGAACACUGAAGAAUUUAUUGAUGCUGUAGCACAGAAACUUCAAGAGAAGCUUGGUGCCUCCGCAGUUGUAUGAGAUGAAACAGAUCAUGAGCAGCAAAUCAUCACAUAUUUUUUGCUUCCUACUCAUACCUUUCACAGUGAACAUAAAUCAAUAUGCCGCCAAUGAAGAUUCUUUUAGACUAGUUUCUGUAAUCUGCUUAGAUAGGAGAUAACAUCUCUUUGAGUGGUUCAUGCUCGGGCGACUUAGAUCCUCAAAUAAAUAUGCCAUUUCUCGGCCAUUUGUCAAUUUUAUGUCAUUGUGCCGGUGUUCUAGCUAAUGUUCUUUUCUACUAUUUACGAGACAAGUCAAGUCUAACUCUUUUAAAUAGAAGCAUGUGAUUCUUCAUGUGUAGACCUCUUCGACUCUGGGCAUAUAUAGCUCUGUAGGUAGUGGCUACACAUUCUCAGUUGGGUUUUUGUUGCUGUUA